AUGGACGAGGAUGGCAUAGAACUGCUUCACCAAAGGCUGGCUGAACAAACCCGCGAACAUAAGGCAACGCGCAAAACAGCCCUAGAGAGUAAAUUUCGUAAGCUGCCUGCUUCCAUGUCAUCCAAGAACGACAAACAGGUGCACAACUUUUCGUCGAGGGAGCUGCCGGAGGAACGAAAGCAGGUUUUAUGGAAUGAGGUCUCAACCAACACAGCCGAUACCAAACCUGCCAACAUGAUCGCAGCGGUGGAAUCAAUCCACAGCCGGACGGGAGCGACAAACGAAAUUAAGAACCUCAUUCGACACCAAGUGUCCUCUAUCCUCAUGGCUCAUAGGCCGCGCGACGUGCUUUCCAAGGUCGAGCGCGAUGAGUUUAAGGAACUCAGGGCCGACAACGACCUCGUUAUCGUGCCUGCAGACAAGGGCCGUUCAACGGUGGUAUUGGACAGGAUAGACUAUAAUCAAAAAGACAAAACCUUGCUGGGGGAUCGUCAGUCCUAUGUCCCACGCGAAUCCAACCCCAUAAAAACGUUGGCACUCGAGAUUAACGCGACGACUACUUGA